CAAGAAUUGGAUAUAUCUGUCCCGAGCAUCUUUCAACGUGUGCAGUACUCUUUCUUCGGAAGUUUCUGGAUCCAACUAUUUCAAAGACCAUCUUCGAUCUCUGUUAUCCGAUUUCUUAAAAAGCAAUGUCUUACGCUAAAAUAGCGUCGACUUUUGGCAGGGCAAGUUCCGAGUUUAACGUAAGGAGGCUGACUUUGUAUUCGGGCGGACGACUGAGGUCAACCUUAGCUUCAACGAAACAGAGUGAUGAACCAAGUGAUUCUACCUGUACAGUGUCUAUAGACGCAGAAAAAAUAGAUCUCAUUAGCCAAACAAAAAGCGUCGACGCUCCGCCGAACAGCAAGAUCGCCGUUGACUUUGAAAAUACCGAAGAUGCCUACAAGAGCAAAACUUCCCUCGAGCUGCUCAGAAGUUUAUUGGUUUUCAAACUUUGCACUUAUGACUUCCUGGUCGACAAGAACAAGGAGUUAAUGGACUUUAGCAAGAAGGUCUUGGGCCAGAAGGCCUUUGAGCAGAUGAUGAAGAUGACAUUCUACGGUCAGUUUGUGGCUGGGGAGAACCAUGAGACCAUCAAGCCUCUGAUCCAGAGGAACGAGGCCUAUGGGGUGGGCUCUGUGCUGGACUAUAGCGUGGAGGAAGACUUGACUCAGGAGGAAGCAGAGACCAAGGAGAUGGAGUCAUGUGUAUCUGAGGCAGAGAGAGAGAGUAAAGAUACUGGUAGAGAGUACCACAUAACCGAGGAAGAACCAUGUACAGGUGAGGACCACCGCGAGAAAAAGUACAAGGCCCACAGACAGUUUGGGGACCGCAGAGGAGGCGUGAUCAGCGCCCGCACCUACUUUUACGCCGACGAGGCCAAGUGCGACCACCACAUGGAGACCUUCCUCAACUGUAUCAAAGCUUCAGGUGGAAGCUCUCAAGAUGGCUUCUCAGCCAUUAAGAUGACAGCUCUGGGGCGGCCUCAGUUCCUGCUUCAGUUCUCGGAGGUGCUGGUGAAGUGGAGGCGGUUCUUCAGCUUCCUGGCAGCUCAGCAGGGAAAAGCCGGAAUGGAGGCCCUGGAGCAGAAACUGGAGCUUGAGCAGCUGCAGGACACUUUGAUUAAACUUGGUGCCAAGGAGGACAUUCAAAACUGGUUUACAGGAGAGAAGCUGGGAUCCUCUGGAACCAUUGACCUGCUGGACUGGAACAGCCUGAUAGAUGAAAGGACAAAGAUAUCAAACCUGCUUGUUGUUCCAAACCUGGAGACGGGACAGCUGGAGCCACUCCUCAGCAGGUUCACCGAGGAAGAGGAGAGGCAGAUGAAGAGAAUGUUGCAGAGGACAGACAUCCUGGCCAAGCACGCUCUGGAGCACGGCGUGAGGCUGAUGGUGGACGCAGAACAGACCUACUUCCAGCCGGCCAUCAGCAGACUCACCCUGGAGAUGCAGAGGGUCUUCAACAGGGAGAAACCCGUCAUUUUCAACACCUACCAGUGUUACCUGAAGGAGGCCUACGACAACGUGUCCCUGGACGUGGAGCUGUCGAGGCGCGAGGGCUGGUACUUCGGAGCCAAGCUGGUGCGCGGGGCCUACAUGUACCAGGAGAGGACCAGGGCCCAGGAGAUCGGCUAUGAGGACCCCAUUAACCCUGACUACGAGGCCACCAACAGGAUGUACCACAAGUGUCUGGACUACGUGUUAGAGGAGAUCGACCAUAACAGAAAGGCUAAUGUCAUGGUAGCCUCACACAAUGAAGACACAGUGAAGUUUACCAUACAGAGGAUGAACGAGAUGGGUCUCACACCCAAGGAGAAGAAGGUCUACUUCGGCCAGCUCCUGGGGAUGUGCGACCAGAUCAGCUUCCCACUCGGUCAGGCUGGUUUCCCCGUGUACAAGUACGUGCCUUACGGGCCUGUGAACGAGGUAAUCCCAUACCUGUCUCGUCGAGCCCAGGAGAACCGCGGGUUCAUGAAGGGCUCGCAGAGAGAACGCACGCUGCUGUGGGCGGAGCUGAAGCGCAGGGCGCUCGGUGGCGGACUCUCCUAUAGGCCGAUGCAUUGAGCCACCAUGGGGUGGGUGGAGUGGCGGGGGCCACAGCUCUUUUGCAUUCCUGACUGCACAUAGGCUCCAGUUUCGCACGCCUGCCUGGCCCUUUGAAGGGAGCAACUUUACAUCUCUGAGAGGACUUCCCGGACACAUCGGGCAGGCUGUUUCUAACGUUCUGUCUUGCUGUGCUGGUUAUGGUCAAGCUAGGGCCUCACAAUAAUAAAAUGCUACAUGACUAAAAUAGCAGCAAAGGCCAGAGUGAGUAUUGCACUGCUUGCAAAAUGUCUGAAGUAUACAAAAUGUCUUGUCUUAUUUCAGAUAUUACAUCGCUCUACUUGCAUUAGAAGUUUAUUUAAAGAUUGCCAAUGAAUGUACAGGGUAGCGUUGAAUAACAUAAGAAGAGUAUAUAAUAUUUUUAAGAUUAAUUUUCAGUGAAUUAUUUUUGUACUGUACGUCUAGUGGGCCUCAUCCAAACACAUGCACGUUAACUGUGAGGUAUUAAUAAUGUGGAUUAGUCUCAUUAGUUGCAUUUAAAUCUUGAAGAAGAAUGUGCUUACCUACUCAAUACUUUACACACCUCAUGGUUAUCCUCAAGCUUCAACUACACAUGAAGUAUCAAAAGCAUAGGGAGGCAUCCUGCGGCCUGGUGGCUAAGGUACAUGACUGGGAGCCUGCAGGAAGGUUGGGGGUUCAAGCUCCAGUAAGAUCCCCACUGCUUGUUGGGUUAGCCCACAAGCAAGGCCCUUCAUUUCGCAUUGCUUCCGGGGGCGGGAUUGUCUCCAUCUUAGUCUAAUCAACUGUAAGUCGCAUUCGAUAAAAGCGACAGCUAAAUAACAAAUGAUGACAAAGAAAAGACUGGAUCAUAACUUUAUUACAUUACAUUAUUGGCAUUUGGCAGACGCUCUUAUCCAGAGCGACGUACAGUUGAUUAGACUAAGCAGGAGACAAUCCUCCCCUGGAGCAAUGCAGGGUUAAGGGCCUUGCUCAAGGGCCCAACGGCUGUGAGGAUCUUAUUGUGGCUACACCGGGAUUAGAACCACCGACCUUGCGUAUCCCAGUCAUUUACCCUAACCACUACGCUACAGACCACCCCUUAUUAAACUGAAUUCAACUGUAUAUAACUUAUGUAUGUAUUACAUUGCUCUUUGUGUUCAUAUUAUUAUUGUGUCAUCUACUGUCAAUGAAUCCAUGGAACUGCAUGUUUUAUUUUCAGAUUUUCUGAGCACUUGUGUUGAACCAAUUAUGUGCACUGUCCAUGCUAAUAACAUUAGUUACUGUGAGAUUAAAGUCUUUUAUGUAUUUUUUUGCCCAUGCAGUGUUUGAUUGUUGAAACACUGCUAUUUAAAGUGGGUUGCAAUGUAUUACAUAAUACCCAUGUUUAUGUUCAUGUAGUUCCUUGGUAGAUUUAAUUUGAAUACAUUAAACUUUUAAACUUUGA